UGGGCUCGUCGGACUCCUCGCUUUCUUGGCUGGCUGACCCGGACAUUCACCUUCUCUCCCCUCGGGAAGAGUGGCACCCCGACUUUGAGAACCCCGGCAGAACACGUCUGGAGAAAAUGACCCAUUGGUUUCAUAGGAACCCACUAAAAGCUACAGCUCCUAUCUCUUUUAACUACUAUGGUAUGGUCACUGGCCCUUCUGCUUCAAAAAUUUGCAAUGAGUUGAGAUCAUCCAGGAUGCGCCUCCUUGAACUCUUCACUGAUUUGAGCUGUAAUCCAGAAAUGAUGAAGAAUGCAGCAGAUUUGUACUUUUCACUUUUACAAGGUUUCAUAAAUUCACCUGAUGAAUCUACCCAGGAAAGCAAACUAAGAUAUAUUCAAAAUUUCAAGUGGACUGAUACAUUGCAAGGACAGAUUCCAAGUGUCCAGCAGGAUGCUGUUUUUGAAUUGAUUUCCAUGGGAUUUAAUGUAGCCUUAUGGUAUACCAAAUACGCUUCAAGAUUGGCUGGAAAAGAAAACAUAACAGAAGAUGAAGCCAAAGAAGUCCAUCGAAGCCUGAAAAUUGCAGCUGGGAUUUUUAAACAUUUAAAGGAAAGUCAUAUACCAAAACUGAUCACACCUGUAGAAAAGGGAAGGGAUUUAGAGACCCGACUCAUAGAAGCUUACAUUAUCCAGUGCCAAGCUGAAGCUCAAGAAGUAACAAUUGCCCGAGCAAUUGAACUCAAGCACGCUCCUGGAUUGAUUGCUGCACUGGCAUAUGAAACAGCCAGUUUCUAUCAAAAAGCUGAUCAUACUUUAUCCAGUUUGGAGCCUGCAUAUUCUGCUAAAUGGAGAAAAUAUCUUCACUUGAAAAUGUGUUUCUACACAGCUUAUGCUUACUGUUAUCAUGGGCAGACUUUGCUGGCUAGUGAUAAGUGUGGUGAAGCAAUCAGGUCCCUCCAAGAAGCAGAAAAAUUAUAUACCAAGGCAGAAGCACUGUGCAAGGAUUAUGGAGAAACCAAAGGACCUGGACCAACAGUCAGACCUUCUGGACACUUGUUCUUCAGGAAGCUUGGGAACCAAGUGAAGAACACCCUAGAAAAGUGUCAGAGAGAAAAUGGAUUCAUUUACUUUCAGAAAAUUCCAACAGACGCUCCACAGCUGGAACUCAAAGCAAAUUAUGGGCUGGUAGAGCCUGUACCUUUCGAAUUUCCUCCUACGAGUCCUCACUGGACACCAGAAACGAUGGCAGCAUUUGAUCUUACCAAGAGACCCAAGGAUGACAGUGCCAAACCUAAGCCAGAAGAAGAAGUGAAGCCAGUGAAAGAACCAGACAUCAAACCUCAGAAGGAUACUGGGUGCUAUAUCUCCUAAAUGCAGCGUACACUAGAAUUUCUGCUUGCAGAUAAGAUAUACCACAGAACUUCAGUUUCUAUUUCUUGAAAUGAUACGUCUGACAACUAUAGAAUAAUUAUUAAAUUCAGAAGGAAUUAGCUUUCAGAUUAUUCUUGGUUUUUUUAAUGUAGAAAUGUACCAUGCUUUGUCUCUGGACAUUGCUUUUUAAUAAGGAUGAUAUGAAAGGUGGAAUUGUGCUUCUCAAGAGUAAAUGUGAGGGUUGUGUAAUUUCUGAACUCUGGUGGUUUCUGGCUUCUCAAAAACAUUUAUUUUCCUUUAUACUUGAUACCAGAAGAACUGUUUUCUUUUGAAUAGAAACAGUUGUUUCAUCCUCUCUAAUAAUUGUAGCACAGACUUGUUACAUUCUGUAAUUUAUUUUCUCUGGUAGGAACAAAAAUCACACUUCCCUGAAGCAUAGCCUAAAUGAUAAGCACUUAGAGACCCUGAGUUCAAAACCUAGUACCACAAUAAUAAUUUUAAAACUCUUCACACCGGAUUCCUUACACAUACCAGAAUCUGUCAUUUAUAUUCUAGUAGUCCUGUACUUCAUUCAGUCUCAAUGACCCUACAGUGAUUUUUACAAAUAUCUUUUCUAAUGGGUUUUUUACUUAGAGGGUAGAACUUUGUAACUGUGAUUAGUGUUCCUAUGUUAGAGCAGAUAGGAAGAGUGGAAUUUUUUUUUUUUUUUUUUUUUUGAGGAAAAGAAAACAAAUAUUGCAGGCUAUAAAGAGAAAAACUUGAAACUUGAAUGAGAUAGGCUGUCCUGAAUUAUACUGAUAACUGCUUCUUUGUUAAAGAAGGGUUAGUAAAAGUUGUAAAAAUAUAAGUUGUAGUAUUUGAAACAGUUUGGUACAUACAAAAACAUGGAAAAUAGUGGAUGCAUACUCUUAACAAAAGUCUCAUGUCUGUAGGUUUAUCUUGUAUUGAUAGUCUCCUAGGUCUUGAAUAAUUUUCCUAUUUGUAAAUGUCAAAUUGGUUCACUUAAUAGGAAUAGUACUAGUCUGGCUGAGGGUUUCCUAUGUACCAAGCAAUGUACUAAGCACGUACAUAGAUAAAUCAUGAGAAAUUCAUAAAAUCUACAUAAAGUGUUGAAAUAGGAAUAAAUAAAUCAUUAUGAAUCAUUAAUAGAUUAUACCUAUCUUUAUCAAGAUUGUGUUCAAAUAAGUGAUUAUACUAUACUUUUCACUCCUUCGAAAAAGCUAUGUAGAAUCAGGUUUUUAACUAUAUAGAAUUGCUAGUUACUGCUUUUGGUAUAAGAUUCAAUAUUUGAAGCUGUAGUUGGGCAUAAUAACUGAACAGACUUUUUUUAAAUUUGCGGUCUAUAGAAUAUUUUAUUAAAUUUCACUGUUUCAUGUGUUCCUUACUACAAAUUCCUGUGUAUUUGCCACCUAGUAACAAAACUUUGACAGUAAUUGAUGUUAGCUCACUCUGUACUCUCUGCCUCUGUUUAUCUUAGGUGCUGGUUACUAAGUUUGCACAUCAAGGCUUGUAUAAAAUGAAGACAUAAUUAUGCUCACUACUUCUAUGAAAUGCAGUAAAUAGUACUGAUAUUUAAGUCCAUAAUUGUCAACAUUGGCAUGAUCAGAUAAUUAAUACCCUCUUGGCUCACCAAGUUAACACUUUAUGACAAAUAUAUCCCACUGUAUGUAAUGCCUUUUGAAGUGGUAUUGGCACUUUUGGGAAGUUGCCAAAGGGAAAGGAAUUGCAUGGAGGCUAAAAUGAGUUGUUGGUAUUAACUACAGCCUAUCUUUCAUACCAGGCCAUGAUAGCUAAUGUUCUACUUCUGCUGAGUGUGGUUUGUAUAAUGAGUUACCUUUUUAUUUAUGAAAAUAAAUACAAUUUUAUGUACA